GAAGUCCCUCCCUAGUGGGCGAAAGAGCCUUCCCCGGCCCCAGCCUGUCCCCCGACCCCCAAACCCUUUCGGCUCGCUGGGUCUCCCUGCCGCCUGCCCGUCCAGACUUGCGCCUUUUCCCUGCGUUAAGGCGCACGCCUUGGAGAGCCCCGCGCCGCAUGUGAUCCCGGACGCGCGGGCCAGUGGGCAGCACCGCGGGGCGAGGAGCUGGAGGCGGCCGGGCUCCUCCUCCUCCAAGCGGGGCAGGGAGCUCAGUUCGCGCCGGGGCUCUCGACCCGAGCAGGCUGCGACUCUCGCGGGCGGCGGCGGAGACGACUGGCGGAGGGCUCCUUUCUGGCCAGGCGGCAUGGCUUUUGGGAAGAGCCAGAAGGAUCCCUUUGGCACGGCGGUGGGCCACCUGAUAGAAAAAGCCACCUUCGGGGCACUGCAGGCGGAAGAGUGGGGGCAGUUCAUGCACAUCUGUGAUAUCAUUAAUACAACUGAAGAAGGUCCCAAAGAUGCAGUCCGAGCUUUAAAGAAAAGGCUGUCCAAAAACUGCAAUCAUGUUGAGAUUCGGCUUACUCUGUCCCUUCUCGACAUGUGCAUGCAGAAUUGUGGCCCAAGCUUCCAGUCCCUGGUAGUGAAGCGGGAGUUCUGCAAAGACCGGCUGGUAAAACUGCUGAAUCCAAGGUUCAACCUACCUGUCGAUAUGCAGGAGAAGAUCUUGACCUUUAUCAUGACUUGGGCCCGAGGAUUCCAAGGUGCUGUGGAUGUGACUGAAGUCAAGGAAGUUUACCUGGAGCUUCUCAAGAAAGGAGUCGAAUUUCCAACCUGUGGAAUUCAGAAGCCUUUGAGUCAGACUUCCACAAAGGCAUCCUUGUCUCACAGAACCGCCAAGAAUGGUUUGGCAGACUCCCUCCCUGCUGGUACAACAAUAACACUAAUUCCUGAACAGAUUGGGAAGCUGUACAGUGAACUGGAUAUGGCAAAAAUGAACGUGAGGGUCAUGUCAGCAAUUCUGAAGGAAAAUGUCCCUGGAUCAGAGAAUCCUGAUGAUAUGAAGCUUUUACAGAAGCUGUACAAGACAUGUCGAGUGAUGCAAGAGAGGAUCAUGGAACUGCUGGCUACCGUACAGAAUGAAGACGUGAUAACUGAACUGAUACAAGUGAAUGAAAAUCUGAAUAACGUCCUGAUGGGACAUGAAAGGUUCUCUCGAAACAGAGUCCGCUUCCUGGAGAAUCAAAGGAUUCAAAAUGAACGCACCUUGGUCAAUGGCAACCAGCCCUCUGCUCCCUCUUCUGACUUGCUUGACCUUGAGUCUAGUGUUCCAGCUACGGUGCCAAAGGCUGAGGGAGCUGGCCUUGCGGCUUCUCCAUUUUCUGAAUCAAACUGCAGGCCACCGAGUAUUGCUGCUCCACCUACUCACUUGAUGCAACCAUCACUUUAUCCUCAGCUAAAUGCACUGCAUGCAAACACUGUGCAGGCCACGUUUGUUACAGAAGCACAAAGCACAAAUCAGAGCUUCCCAGUUGCCAGCCAAUAUGAGAAUGUAAACUCCUUUCUAAAUCCUGUUCCUCUCCAUCCAGUCAGCCUUCGGAUUAAUGGGACAAGAGAUAUGCCAGCAACAGACGGGUCCAAAAGCCAGGUGUCGCCUCCCAAUUAUUAUGAGCUCAUGGAGUUUGAUCCGCUGGCUCCCAGUGACAAAAAUGAACCUAUUUAUGAAGAAAUUGAUGCACAUCUCUUCAGACCUAGUGUUAAAACUCCAACAAGUUGCUAGACUCAAGAGGUCCAAGUGAAGCGAAAGCACCUUCUUUUUCAACACUAAAGACUGUUUUGCUAACUCAGAGGCUUAUCAGUUAAGCAAUAGUAUUUUUUGAGUAGGUAGGGAAAGUCUCUCUUUGACACACAACCUAAGCCUUGAGUUGCUCUUGGAGACUCUACCUUAAGUGCAUUAUUUGACGUUAAGUUCCGAUGGAUCACAAAAAGCGCGAGGUUCUCCAUGUAUUCUCGAUUGAAGUCUGCGAAUGAUAUACAGUGUGCUUUCCAAGAGUUGGUGGUGGGAAUACCACACAUUGUAACUGACAUAAUAAAAUAGGUUUUUCACUCAUACGGUAUAAUACACCUUGCUUAAUAAUAUGUGAAAUACUUUUAACAGGAAGAACUGCAUCAAGGAACCUUUAGUGCUCUAAACUCUCAGUCUUGCCAUCUGCUUUCCCCAUGUACGUUUGUUUUCACCCAUGAACAGUGACUAAGUACGUCCUGCAAAAGCAGGUCUGGCUCUAGGUUUUGGAAGAAGCUGCCAAGUAACCACUGAAAAAGAAACUGAUUCCAAAAGUACUUAAUUUGGGGGUUACUGUGUUCAUUUCUCCCUUCCCCUCAACAACUCAGGUUAUCUAAGCAGUUGUUUGGUGAUGGCUCAUAUAAUGUAGAAGAGUGUCUUUGAGAAGUGCCUUCACUUUGCUUAAAAACAAAACUGUGUGUUUUUCUGAGAUUUCGUCCACCAAAGGCAAAGAAUAAAAGUAAUUGCAGUUAGCUUCAGUUUGCUUGUAGCCUGGCAUAUCGGUAAGCUGCAAGUCUCCCUGCCGUGUGUGUGCAAUAUUUAAUUAUGUUCUACAACUUGGAUAAAGUUUUUAUACAGUUCUAAUAAACAAAUUAUGGUGGAAAA